AUCUGAAUAUGAUGUUUCCCGGUAUACUCAUAAAUAAAUAAUCACCACCUCCUUUAGAACGUACUUACUUCAUUUCUUCCUCAAUUGAAAUCUUUCUUCGUUUCCUUUGAUUUUGUUCACACGGUUUCCUUUUCCGCAUCACAAGAUUUGUGUUCACUGCUCGCAUCUCCUUCACAAUCAAGCUCUUUUUUUUUUUUUUGUUUGAUACUGAUCGAUUGUUGUAUAGUUGUUGGGUGAUUCUGCUUAUGAUUAGAAUUUACUUUUCUGGAUUCUGGCUUAGUAGUUUCUUCUCAGUGAUCCGGAACUCAUUUCAUGGGGGCUGGGACGAUGGUGACCGCAGCCGGAGCGGCGGCGAUGCUUUACUAUGUAUUGACUAGGAGCCUGGCGAGGAAGGCUGAAGAAAACGAGGUUCCUAACGGGGAUUUAUCGAAAUCCAGGAGACCGUUACGGAGGAGAAGGCUUGCGCGAAGGCCGGCUCAGCCUCCGGCGACUCUGUUAGAAUCGGUUAUUAUGUUAUCAGAAACAUUGAGGUUUACCUAUUCGGAGACUUUGGGUAAAUGGCCCAUCGGUGACUUGGCAUUUGGCAUUAAUUACUUUAUGCGCAAACAGGGUAAUUUACGAGUUGCAAGUGUAUAUGCGGGAAGUGAUUGUGUUCAACUUAAAGGCUCCGAAAUUAUGGCGGAGUUGCAUGAUCUCUUGAGGUUGCUGACAAUGUGUAUGCUUUUCUCAAAGAAGCCAUUUCCGUUGUUUUUGGAGUCUGCCGGAUUCUCCUCGGACGAUGUCCUUCUGCAGAAGCCCAAAGCAGGG